AUAACGUGUCGGAGGCCGUCGUCACUCGUACUUUGCAUCCACUAAGCAACAACAUGACAACCGUACGCAGCGAGAACAGCGAAGACAUUUCGAUUGCGACCAUCUCGGCCUUUCUCGCGCCGACCGCUGACUUCGGGGACAGGACGUGCUCGUCGUCGUCCAUGUCGUCGUCGUCGUCGUCGUCGUUAUCGCCAGCCUCGCCGUGCAGCAUCCCAAUCAAGCAAGGCUACGUGCGGCCCAAGCAAGAGCUCGAUGCCCUCCGCAUCACGUAUGCCCAGCUGUUGCGUCGUUUACAUACGCUCCAGGCGCGGCUCGCCAACGUCCCGGCAGCGGCACUGCCGUGGCAAGCCCGCGCCAUCGAGCAAGCCACCGGCGUGCAACAAGCGAUGCGCGAGAACCUUCGGCUUAAAAACAUGGUGUUGGAGCGAGCCCAGGUCAUUGAGACGCUUCAACGUGUCCUCACCAAGUACCCAAACAUCCUUGUCGACGACGGCUCGUGGAUGCUGAGCGCACUCGGAGCCGACCACCGCAUGUUGCGCUUGGAGCAGCUUCUGCGGACCCAGUACGACAAGCGCAGCCGGGAGUGGAUUCGGCACGGCUUGUACGACAUCCGUGACGUCUGCCUCGAGCAGCGUCGGGCCUACGUCGACCGCAGCUCGGACAACACGGUCUCGGUGGGUUGUCUUCUCUCCAAAAAAGUGCCGCUCUCCGUGCAAGAAAUGAGCGACGUCUAUUGGCGCUUCAAGUCGCAACCGACCGACAGCCGAUUUGCCGUCCUACAAGCGUUUCACGACAACCUCGUCUACUUUCGGGAGACGAUUCACUUGCCGCCGCCGGCGUCCUCUCAGAUUGAGGUACAAACAGCACUGCGUCGGUACAUCGAGAGCGACGACAGCGUUGUGUUUGCAUGGCGAGCCAUCGCCGACGACCAGCUGCAUCCGAUUGACGAACGCCAUGUCAUUGGCCAGCGCGAAGGCUGGACGACGAUCCACGCCGUGGACGGUGGCGCUUUUGUGCAAGUAUGCGUGCAGCUGUCGCUGCCCGCGCGAUUCGUAUCGGCCGAGACGAUGUCGACCAAGGCGCUCGACGAGCUCGUUCUUCAAACGAUGGAGGCCAAUUGUACGCACUUUUGCAACCAACUGGAUCGAGCCAUGCAGAGCUAUCUGCGGCAGAGAAAUCGAGCUUAAAUAACGGUUUGGCACCCGA